GCCACAUGCUAGAAAAAAAAAUGAAUCGAACUUUCCCAAAUGUUCGCUUUUCUAGUGUUUUCCACGGUUAUAGUUUUAUCUUCACCAAAGUGUCUGAUCAGAUUUUGUCUCCUUAUUGGCAAUAUGCAAAUUAAUUACACUUGAGUAUUGUUCGGGGUUUUUGUUACGGAACACUAGGGAGCCGCUAGUCAACCGAACCGGUACGCGGUGGUGAUAACGUAAGGCUUAUCUACUCUACACUAUAUGUUCAUUCCAUUAAUAGUUUGAGGGCCACAGAUCAUCCAUAAUAGUACACCUUAAAGUAUCUACAACGGAUUUGUACAUGUAAUAACUGGGAGGGAAUUGCUGUCGCUACAAUGGUUGUUUAUACCUUGGGAUCUGAUUCAGGUUUUGGAAUAGGACAUGAUGGUAUACCAGAUGACUACGACGAUGAAACCGGCAUUUCAGUCAUUCUCUGGUGUAUUAUUUUCGUAUUUUUAUUAAUUGUGACAAUUUGGUUUUACAUUACGCAACUUAUGCCUCAUGGAAGAACAAAAUGCGAGGUGGAUGAAGACGAGGACGAAGAUGAGCGAGUUGCAAAUCGACUACUCGAUCCCAAAACAGUUGAAAAAACAAACUACGAAUUUCCAAGUUGUGAGCCAUCGACAUCGAAUGAAAACGCUCAAGAUUAUGAAGUUAUUGACGGCGAAAUACGCAUUCAUUAUUCAAACUACGAGCGUGAAGCUGGCGCCAAUGGCAACAAGGCUGAACCAAAGGAAACAUCUACCAACAUCCCUAGGAGGCAUUCAAUGGAAGAAAUGUCUUUGAUCUUUCCUGGAUUUUUACCCAUCAUUUCAGAAGAAGAAGAAGAAGAAUAUGCCGAGAAUAUAGACUUAAAUAAAGAUCAAAAUGUUUAUAAGUCUAGUAACCAAGAGGGUGACACUAUCGAGAACAAUGUAAAUACGUUUAUUGAACAGCGACGUUCAUCAGAAUCCAAUAAUUUUGAAUCUGAGAACAACACGACGCUAUAUUUGAAUACUGCUGCGAUUUGCGCGUCAAGUACUGGAGGCAAAGGCAAGCAACCUGUCCGUAAUGCCACGAUGGAGCUACGUCGUCGAAAUUGCCAUCAAGAGAAUAAAUCCGUGUUGGAGUGUCUAGCCAUAGAAACUCCAGCCAAUGGAAAUUAUGCACAUGAUAGCGAACGCAGAACAGCUGUUCAAAACCUUGCUUCUAAUCCAAACGGUUCCGUUAAAGUAGAAAAAACUUCACAYACAAACCUAAAUAUAAACCAUCGACAUUUUAUUUCCGGUUCAAGGGAUUUUGACCCUGAAAAUUUAAUCACAAGUAAUGUGAGUUGUGCUGUUCCAAAUACGUUAAUCAUUGCUGAAGAAUCGACGGUUGCUCUGGAAACACUAAGCCAAGAUGCAAAUGAAAACACGAACGCUGCGAAUUUAACACCAAAUGACACUCAAAAGAUAUCGGCCAGUGCAAAGACUAGGUCAGUUGUUGAAAGUAGACUUGAAAAAGACUCAGUUUUAAUCACGAAAUCAAGGGAAUUAACACAAGGGGUCAGUCCCGUUGUGUCGAAAGAAAACAUUGGAUUCGAAAUUCAUUCAAAAGACAAUGCAUUAGUUCCUAAUGAUUGUGAAACGAGUUCUAUAAACAUGGCGGAUCAAUUAACUCAUGCGUGGACCUUCUACGCAGUAUCCGACGAAACCGCAAAUCUUUUAAAUGGCAGUCGAGAGGACAGUGAUGAAAUGGACCAUCAACAUCAAAAAAUCCCAGGAAAUUUGGUGGAUUCGUACCAGGUUGAAAGGCGGUGUAUGGAAAAUGAUGGUAACAKCRGUGAGCACUCAUUAUGGAAACAAGAACAUGGAUCAGUAGAUGCUUUUGAGACUGACAUUGACGUUGAUGACAUCGAUUUGGACGAGUUGGAGGAAGAUCCCGAAGGUCAUUUGAACUGUUUCUUCAAGCGUCAUGUUUCAGUGACAGACUUGGAUAAAAUUCUGUCAUCACAAGAAAUGCUAAAUGACGGUGUUAAACAAUACAAGGAUGAGCUGGACAAAGAAAGUGAUAUAGAUGAAAUUAUGCAAGGACUUACAGAACCAUUUGGUAAAACAAAUAAAGAAUAUAUUGAUGAAUUGAUAUCUUCAUCUGGGGAUCRGAAAAACGCGAAUGGCUUGGAAAUAUCGCGCGUUGCGUUGAAAGAUGAAUUAUMUUCAAAUAACAACAUCAAUAUGGACCAAGUGUCCAACUGUUCAGAACAUUUGCUAACAAAGACGCCCCCCAAAAGUGUUAUUCCUGAUGGAAAAGUUAUUAAAGAAGGACAUAUUGAUAAAUUAAAAACUAAACAACGAAAUUCAAGUGUGAACUGUGUCGAAUCUAGUGAUGAUAAUGCAAAAUUUGGUAACUUUUCCAUGCGUGACUUUCAAGCUGCGAGCUUUGACAAGAAACAGCUAGAUCUGGGCAGCCAUGCGAAAAAUUACUUCAACACCAUGGACAAAAACAUUGACUUUGAAAUAGACACAACAGAAAAUGUAAUUGUCAGUAAAGAUAGACCAAUAAAAGGAGAAUCAAAAAARGAUGUUUACAGCUACAAAACAAACAGCGAAAAUAUCAGAGUUUUGGAAAGUAAACGAAGCAAGAAAUCUCAAGUGGAAAACUCGGGUAAUGAAUCUUCUGUUGACGUAAAUCGUUCAAAUGUCAAGAACCACGAAACGGAGAACGUAGAUUUUGCGCAAAUUAAUAAUAUAGAUAAAAGAGUUAAAGAAGAAAUAACUAAAUCAUGGGACAAUACCAAUCAAUUGUCAUCUAAGAAGGGGAUUUCUGCGCAGAAGGUUGGCUURACAACGGAUGAAUUGAGUAAAAUCGACUUAUCACGUCCAGUUUACUCCAGCCAUCGAGAUGAAAUAAUCAUUGGAAAGAAAAAGCUAAGAAAAGACAGUGGUUCCAAACCAUUUACAACCGGAACGUCACGCAAUACGGACCGUCAUGCACGAACAGAUGUUACUAAAGAGAAAGAUCAUGUCACGCAAUCCUUGGAGACUAAAGAAGCGGACGGAAAACACUUGUACAAGACCAAAACGGACGGCAUUAACUUGGCAUCAAAGGAAAUCUGUUAUCUCGAAAAAGAUCCAAAUUCGCAGUAUCAUGUGGAAAAGCGUAAAGUUGACAAAUUGCCAAGCAUUGAGAAAUCUGUUGUUUUAAUCCCSGAUAAAAAACAACUUCAAACGCUUAUUACAAUCAAAGACAUUCCUGAUACUAACAUUGGCCUUGAGAUAUCUACAAACAGACCAUUUGAAAUAACUACGCAAAAGAAAACAGGAAUGGAAAAGGCAGAAGAGAUUAUUGCCAGUAGAUUAAGAAGACUAGAAAGCGGAAAAAGUGAUGAGAAAACUACUUGUAUUGUAUCAAAUGAGAGGAACAUUAACUGGGAUAAUUUCUUAGUGGAUGGACUUGCGCUCAGCGAGGUGGAAUCUGAAAACAAAACUGACGAUUUUGUGCAUAGUAAUAUUGAAUUGACACCACCUACUGAUCGAAAGCCUAUCACCUGUGAAAACGGAGUUCAAAUUAAGGAAAGUUUCGUUUCGCAAACCCUCUGCCCUAAAGAAAUUGACUGGGAAUGGUUUGAUCGGGACAUCACCAUGGAGGAACACGCGGAUGAUAGUAAUGAUACAUUCCCGUCAUUAGUUGAACUCGCAGAAGUCAUCGAACUAAAUAGAAGAAAGAUCAGUCCUAUUCAUGAUAUGAAUGAUGUUAUACCGAGAGGAACUAAUCCGGACAAUGUCGGCGAAAAGAUCGAUAUCAAUGCAAAACARAAAGACARAAUGAGAGAGAACGAUCACGAAAAAGACACCGUUGCAUCGCMUUUUUCUUCAUGCAACAACAGUGAACACASUAUMAACGAAAAUAAAACCRCAGGCGAGAAACUGUAUGAACUUCAUGUUGUAACGAAAAAGGAAGAGCAAAAACCGCGGGAAAAAUCGGCAUCAACUGAAUAUAUCUGUGGUGAUAAUGACGUCUUCAGUAACUCAUCGCAACCAAGUCCAGAACCAGAAUUUCCAGUUAGGCUGACGAAAAGUUUCAGUGAGCUCAGRAAUGYGGAACUAUCRAGUCAGUCAAGUGUCAGAGACUCGUCRUUUAGCCGCCCUGAUCGCUCUAAGUCACAAACAGAUGUUUUUCAACAGCAGGAAUCCCAAGACGAGGUUUUUGAAGAAUCCGACGAACAUGUYUUUAAAACUCGGAUUACYUUCGAUGAAGUUUACAAGAACAGACGUCGCAUCGUUAUUCUAAAUGUCAGGAAAAAAUCUCCUGGCAAAACSAGAUGGAAAUCGCUCAGYGACCUMGAUUCAGCAAGAAAACAUGUUUUUAGAUUUAACAGUAUUGGAUCGUGUCCUGAAGAAAGUGUGCCAGCGGGAGAAAAUCUUUCAUUGUCAAAACCACAAAACAAAGAGGCUAUUUUUGCUGUCAGUGGAAGAGAAUCAUUAUCAACUGAAGGCCUCCAUAACAACAAGGCUUCGACCCACGCAACUGUACCACAACCACAACUGAAACAAACGGCAGAUSAGAUCAUGAGCGAAAUAGACUUYGAUYUUAACUCUAAAAGCCAAAAGGAGWGYCCUGAAUCCAAACUUAAACUGUCARAGCUACCACAACCAAAACUUAAACAAACGGCAGAUCAGAUCAUGAGCGAAAUAGACUUCGAUUUUAACUCUAAAAGCCAAAAGGAGUGUCCUGAAUCCAAACUUAAACUGUCAAAAUACAAUACAACUGAGUUACAAAAUGAUCAUCGUUCAAAAGUUACAAGUGAUUACACUUCGCUGACUUCGAAUUCUGUCAAUUAUAAAGCACAGCAUGAAAUGAUGGAACCUGAAGUUUGCCCAACACAAGAAACAGUACAAAGCAAUAUCUUCCAGAAUGGAGAAAGGUACUUUCGAACUUCCUUAAACAAUGAGACAUAUUCUGCAGCACCUACGGAUUCAGCUGUACCCAAAGCUCAAAGUUGUGCCUCUGAAGUUGAUUCGAGUUUAGAUGACAAAAAGAGCUCCAGUACAUGUAAUUGCUCGAAAGGUUCAACGACAUCUGAACUUGAAACUCCGUUGUCAAGACCUGAGGCUCUUUCGACAAUGGAUGGGAAGAAACACGAGUCACUUGGUACAAACCAUGCACAGGAAGAUGCAAGUAUUGUAUUGCCAUCCAAUUGUUCACCAGGAACUGCUUGUGCUGUAAAUGGGCAUAGUCCUACACCAUCACCAAAACCUUGUACAGAGACAUCUCUUGAACGUCAAUCAUCAUUGUCUCCAACACAGGACUUAACCAAAGACGAUCCAAGCUGCACAUCAUCGGUUCGUUCAUCAAGUACACCUUUCACUGAGUCAACCAMUGAUAACAAAGCUUUAGAAAGACAAUCAUCGCUAUCUCCAGUAAAGGACCUAACUAGAGAUGGUUCAGGUCGUCGUUCGUCCUCGGGGACUUUGUUUGCAAUCAGUAGACACAGUCCAACACCUUUGAAAGACGCUGAAAGCGAAGUAAAACCAGAGAAAUCUGAAGUGCGAAGUCCAAAUCGUAGUWCAUCUCCUGGAACUAUAUUUGCUGUAAGUAGACACAGUCCAGUGCCAUUGGUAGAUUCCGAAGUCGACAGCGUUUUACGAAGGCAACAGUCUUUGUCGCCUGUGAGAGACAUUUCAAAGUCACGGUCACCUUCUGGAACGAUGUUUGCUGUCAGCAGGCAUAGUCCAACAGUACCAAAGGACUCACCAACAGAAAAUCACCUACCAAGACAAUCAUCCCUUUCUCCAGURCAAGACGUGUUUCAGAGAGCUUCAAGUCAUCGUUCUUCUGGAACAAUGUUCGCGAUCAGCAGACAUAGYCCAACUCCAUUAUCAGAUGCGACGUCUGCGGAUAGAAAAAAGGUCUCAGAAGUUACCAAAGACACAAAUUUUGGUGAGGAUAAUAGAAUCUCAAAUAGAACACUUGCAGCAAGCGCAAAAAGCUCCAAACCGUACGUCCAAAUUAACAAAAAUGACCACAAGCAGUUGCUGGAUAAAGAGAAAGCAGAGACUUCGAAGAAAGAGUCGGGAACUUCUCCUCAUUCAAUUUCAAGUACCAGUUCUCAAGGCAAAAGCGACGAGGAAAGGCCAGUGAAGCGGGAGUUGUCGCCCGAGUUGAAGUUCAGUAACCAGGAUUCUAGUUCUCGUCGCUCGAGCGCAUCGUCUGGAUACGGUGGRAGUAGGAUCAGCCCUACUUCAUCUCUAGAUUGGCGSUAUAAAACAUCAAAGYUAUCUCCAUCACCAGAGCARAGCAAGGAAACAAUCUCGCGUAGCUCUAGUGUUUCAAGCAGGAUCAGCCCUACCUURUCAACAGACUCUGAAUGCUCAAACAUUGACGAAAGAAAACCUUCCUCCAGCRUGCAUCGGCGCCAGAGAGAUUCAAGUCGGUCAGGAACAGUUUUUGCGAUAAGUGGCUACAGCUCUGCRGCUUCAGACAAUGAAUCGCCUAGGGYAGGCUCUCGCUCACCAAGAGGAAAUGAACCAAAACAUUCAGCYAAGUCUGUGCAAAAAGAUGAGAAACUUAGCUCUCCUCGUGAGAGAAACAGCUCUUCUAAACAGCAGCCUGAACGCAAUCCUUACGACAUCARAGAAAAUUCGACAAUUGCUUCAUAUGCAACUACAACAACACAAAACAUCACAAGGGAUAAAGAAACACAAGUCAAGGUGUCUAGCAUAUCAAGAAGCUCGUCUUCAGAAAUGGAAAACGACUWCAAAAUAUCCAAUGACGGUUGGUUGAUAAAWAGUGGUCAARAGAACAGAACAGGUGAUCGACAACAMAARACACAUGGUCGCUCGGUUGCUGUCACAGACUUGGAUUCCUUGCUUUGCRGAACAAAUUCCACUUCUGCAGRCACAGAAACACMUCAUCCUUUGCAUAAAUCGAGGAAUGUUCAACCUGUUGAAGUGUCAACGCGUUUAGAAGACUYUCCAGCAACAAGAACAACACCUCAUGGCGUAAAAGAGACAGAYUUAGACGCCAUUUUCAAUGACAGCGAUAGUUCUUCCUCGAGAGACGACAAGAGUGGUAAGUCUCAUCAGAGUAGCUCAAACGUGSACACGAUGGGACGUAGUAAGGUGUUUGUGACCACCAGCACAACUAGCAUCAACAAGCACACCGUAAAAGUACAAAGCCAAGAAGAGGUUAUCARCAGCACUUCUCUGCGUUAUGAUAACCUUGAUGAAGAUGUUUUCACCAAACUGAGCAYAAAACCAARAAGUAAAGACUACAACGAUACAUCUUUCAGCAGCGAUGCAGAUUCAGAGACCUCUUCACUGAACAGCAUCCCACUGAAACCCAAGACCAAAAACACUAAAAUAUUCUUAGAUACGGUGAAGUCCACUCCUCAAAGAUUGUCCUCGGAUUCCUCAUCGGCAACACCCUCGACUCCAGAAAAACUUGAACAAGAACUUUUGUUUUUCCAUCCUGAUUUAACAAGUACUCCCGAAACAGCAGAAAUCAGAACGACUACCAAUUCCAUGUCUAGAGAAGUCGCGAAGAAACCUAGACUGGAAGAGCGUCAAGACAAGGUAGAAGGCAGCACUUUGCUAACAGACUCCUCGUAUGGAGCAAACCAAGUCAAGAUGCGUUCAAAGUCGGAAAGUCAAUCUAUUUCUACAGGAGUGCAAAAAUCAGCGUUCACUCCAGUGAGCACUCGCACCAAAAAUCGCAGAUCUGUUUCACAAGAGUGUAUACUCGACGGUUCAACAGCUGACCCUGACGUUCCGUCCACUAAAAGCAACGUCGAGGACCACGCCACGUUCAAAGAAAUGGCAGAUAGUCACAAAUCCAUGCCUGACUUGCAUAAGGCUCAUGAAACCGUUGAAGUUGACAUCAGUCCCGAAAAAACGCCAUACCAUUCACGCCUUAGUGCACACACUCGACUUUGGCUCAGCCAGACUGCUGRCAUAGACACUUCAAAUCUCUGUAAAGACGAAAGCGUUGGGUCUGAAAUAUUUCUGUUCCCAUCCAAACGAUUCCAACCGGGAAGAAACGUUGAUGCAAGUUUUCUUUCGAUAGCAUCUGAUACGGAGGACGUUCCUGAUGAUGUAUCCUCACGACCGUCCAGUCCGAUGUCAGAAUUUUCCUUCUCUGGGGAAACUCCUUUCGGGGGAAAGUUUGAUGACGACCUUAACAUUAUAGCGUGUGGCCAUCAUUUGUGUGGACAAGAGGAAGUCAUUCGUGGCCACGAGAAGACCUCCUUCACUUCCUGUCCGUCGUGCUACACGUAUUACUGCUCUCGUGAAUGCCGGCAAGCUCACUGGAGAGAACACAAGAAAUCAUGCUACUUUGGUCGCAUCAACAGCUAUAUGAGAUCGUUUGUUUACUUCUGUCACAAGAAAGAGAACCUCAAGCUCCUACUUUCAAACAUCGCAGCUAAGAACUACGCUUCUAAAGGGCGUGGGUGCGUCAUGGUAACAUUUGCGUCACCAAAACAAGCAAGAAAAUUUAUGACAAGUGGGUGUGUCCUGUUGCCCAGUCCACCUUCAUAUCCAACCGUGAGAGAACUGAUGCGAGAGGGAGUUGUGAGCAAGCAUAAAGUUAAUCUAGUCCAUUUAGUAAAAGACUAUGAUCCAACGAAGGAAUUUGUCUUAAACUUAGCUGUAGUAGCUGGGAGGUUGGACGAUCUCCCGCGCCAUCCAGUUCCGCGCCACAAGCUCAAUACUGUACUAGAAUGCAUUAGAGUGCCUUUAAGCCAGUCAGUCAUCAAACCGCCAGGCAAGACAGUUCCAGACACCACCAAGGAAACAAGAGUGUUUUACUUGCCAAAAUGUUCCAGGCACGAGUUCAUUAACGACAUGGAAGCCAGGAGACACUAUUGUCGCAAUAUCUCCAAGGGAUUGAAGUCUUAUGGUAUUCGCUUAAAGAAAGAUUAUCCCGACGCGUACGAAAGUCUCUGCUUGUACGUUGAAAAGAACGUGCCAUUCAAACCACUGACAGUGUAUGGGAACGAAGGCAGCAAGAUCAUUACCUGUAGAAUAAUGCCGGAAGCCAGUAUUUCAGCGGUGUGAUGACGUCAUGGCUAAGCUUAAUAGAAACAAAACUGUUUAGAGAAUGUACAUAAUUCAUUGCCAAACUCGAACUAGUUCAUCAAGAUAAUAUAAUUUGCAUUUUUUUUAAUCUUCAGGAAGAGAUGGUAAUUUUAAUUGGUUUGUACAAAUUUGAUAAUAAUUUUAAAAUUUAAUUAGCAAAGCUUAGUGAAGAUGGCCAAGCUGUUUUUUAUUGAAUCAUUUAUAGUUUUUAAAUCUCUGUUUACGCAGAUUUUCCACACAUUCAUUGAUUGGGAAUCAAAUUCACUCCAAUUCAAGAAAAUUUUGUUGACUGUUCGUAAGUGUUUUAGAAUUGAUAAUAUCUCCCACCAUUAGCAUACAUCAAAAAUAUUAAGAUGCUGUUACUCUGUGCUAUUUCAUCCUCUAACAGGUUAUGUCAAUUGCAGGAAAAGCUGCUCAAGGGGCGAUUCACUGUGCAACGGCAUUGCAAGUUGCUUCAGUGCUUCACAAAAAGUAGACCAGAGUUUUAAUUAUUUCACGCAAUGCUUCAAUGAAAAGUUGCACAUUUCUUCCAGCAACUUCUCAUCUCAACGGCAUUGCAAGACAAGUCGCAUGCUGGAAAAAAUUGCACAUGUAACAGCAUCUUUAGACAUUAUUGCAACUAGGCACGUGGGACAAAAUUUGAUAGGGUGUGGUCAUUAAACCCCAUUAAUGUAAUAUCUAUUUCUUGGGUUUUCUGAUUUCGCCUCGAUGUAAAAAACCGUCUCUGUAUUGUAAAAUAGGAUACUAAUGCAUGAUUGUACUUAAAUUAUUUCAAUAAAAGAACAAAUGAAAAAAAUAGGUCUCUUAAAUUUGUUUGACUA